AUGCACCUUUCGAACCACCAGCAGUUCCAGUCCUCGCCAGACGCCAUGGUCUCGUCUGCCCUUGGCAUGGCGCGUCUGAACGGCAGCAACCGCGCGGCCUGGAACGCCAUGGACCUGGAAAUUAGCGCCCACGUCCCGCCUAACGGAAACGCUGGACCCGACAACGGUGCCCUGUCUGCCCGCAACGUAUUACUGCGUCAAAAGCUGCGGGAGCGUAAACGGUACGACUCGGCGGAUGACGCCAUGAAAAAAGCGGCGGCUGCUGCUUCUCGCGCGGCGAGUCGCGAGUAUUCGAUUUCACAGGGAACGCCGUUGCAUGCAGUUUCGAAGGAAAUCGGAGUCGACCCGCCAAUGGCUACAGUUGCCAGCAGCAGACAGGCGCAACAUGCCACGGCUAUGGCAGUCGCGAAGCGACGUGUGGGUGGACCACACGAAGCGGUGAGUUCGCCGUGUGCUACCGCAGCGACUGGCCGCAUACAAUUUGCAAGUAUGAGUCCCAGUCGGGCUGGAAAAUAUGGCGCUCUCGAGAGCAGAGCUGGACCGUCUGUAGACAAGAAGGUGCCAGGAGCUGGAGGGACCAAGUAUGGCAAACUCUCUGCUGCGCACGUGCUCAUUCGACGGAAACUGAAGGAGCGGAAACGCUUUGAUUCGGCGGAUUACGCCAUGGAGAAACAGGGACGAUCGACGGAUUUUGUCUCGUCGGACAUUGCAGCUGGAACGGGGACAUUACCGGUCCAAUACGGGGCAGCGGGGCUCUCGUCUCCACAAGCAGGGAUUGACCAUCAGGUGAAGCAUAUUAAGCUCUCGGAAGCUCCGGAUGGACGCGUCGCGUCUCCAGUCGUUGCAAAUGCAGCGCAGGCGGCACUGGCAGCUCGAGCUGCGCGUUAUGCUGGACUGGCAGGGGCGAGGCGUGACGUUGCAGCGGGAACCAAUCCGAUGACACAGGCGGCGUGUGACCGCUAUGGUCUGGACAAGAGUGCAAUCUCUGCAGGCGCAGCUGCUGCGCGCAAUAUUGUGCUGCAGCGGAAGCUGGCCGAGCGGAAAAUGUUCGAUUCGGCUGACCACUUUAAGGAGGCGGCAUGA